UAGCACCCGCAGUUUUACUAGUUUGCCCCCGUCGCCUUCGCUGCCCUCUCAGUCCGCUGCUUCUUCUUCUACCCUCUUCCUCCCCCACCACACGCGCAUCCGUCCCCCAUAGCCGGUCUCCCCGAAGUCGUCUAAACCCUAGUCCCAACAAAUCCCCGACGCGACGAACAAGUCUCACACCGGAGUUCCCGAGGAGGCAUCAUGAGUCGUCACCCGAGCACUAAGUGGGCGCAGAGGUCUAACAAGGUGUUCUUGACAAUCGAGCUGCCCGACGCCAAGGAUGUGAAGCUGAACUUGAAGCCUGAAGGCCAUUUCAACUUCUCGGCAAAGGGCGCUGAUGACUUGCCCUACGAGCUUGACCUUGAGUUGUUUGAUGCUGUGAAUGUGGAGGAGAGCAAGGCAGCUGUUGCCCCAAGGACCAUAUGCUACCUUAUCAAAAAAGCUGAGAGCAAAUGGUGGCCAAGGCUGAUGAAGAAGGAGGGCAAGCCACCUGUGUUCUUGAAGGUUGACUGGGACAAAUGGCAGGAUGAGGACGAUGAGGAUGUUGGAUUUAAUGACUUUGGUGAUAUGGACUUCUCGAAACUGGACAUGGGAGGUGCUGAUGAUGAUAUCGAGGAUGAUGAUGAAGACGAUGUGAUUGAAAGCACUAACAAAGAUGAAGAAGGCAGUAAGGCAGAGGAGAGCAAGGGGGAGGAAGCCCCAGCAGCAGCAGCUGCAGAGGAAGCGAAGCCAUGAAAAGCCUCCGAGUUUAGCUCAACACCAUCGAUGACUGCGCAUGGUCUUUAGCUAGAUGCUCCGUUAGAUUUUUGGUGUAAAAUCUGGAGAAUGGAUCACUCAUUGUCUAUGAAGUAAAGAAAAACAGUCAUGUUGUAGUUUUUGGCCGAACCUUGUGAACUACUGUUAUUAAUAUUUGGCCAAAGCUUAUUUGCAUCUGCCAUAGAAGAUCAUCUUGUUUGUAUGAUUCCAUGUUGAUUUUUAUUUGAGCCAUCGUGUGAUGUUUGCCUG